CUGCCAUCUCGCCAUCUCGAAUCCGUCUUUACGGCUCUUCUGCCCCUGCUUCGUCGUUCUGUAUACAACAUCCCGUAUAGACUUUUGGCUUCACCCUCGUAAUCAACUUCCUUAUAAGGAAAUCCGAUCCGAUCCCAUCCCCGCGCACCCCACCGUAGCAAAAUGUAAAAAAGAAAAAGAAGAGAGAAAGAAGAUUCUCAACCUCUUAAGUCACAGCGAACAGCCCAGGAUGCUACACAUCGCCAUCCUCGAUAUCGACGUCCCCGUACCAGCCGUCUAUGCCGCCCGCGGCCUCUACAGCUCGCAGUUCCGGACCCUCCUGCAAGCCGCCGCAUCGCGACUCGGCGUCCCCGCAUCUUCCAUCCACACUACAGCCUUCGAUGUAGUCGGGGGGUCACUCCCGCCAUUCCAGAGUCUUCGGACCUCGCCGCGGGAAUCAGAGAAUGGGGUGAACGGAGAGACGGCGAGUACCAAUCCGCUCGCCCUCCCCAUAGACGGAAUCCUCAUCACCGGCGCAGCAGCCGCAGCAUACGAAGCCGCAAAGUAUCCUUGGAUUGUCCCGCUGCAGGGAUUUGUACAGACGGUAUUCGAUUCGUAUCCGCAUGUCAGGAUGUUCGGGUCCUGUUUCGGACAUCAGAUUAUCGGGCAGGCGCUGCUGUCCGCUCAAGCUCCUAACAAAUCCCCGCCGCAACCACCGAGUGUAACCGUCGAGCGAAAUCCGCGCGGGUCAGAAAUGGGAUUGGCAUCCAUUAAACUAACUCCCAAGUUCACGGCGGCCUUCCCUGUCCUGUCGGCGCAUCUGCCCGUGGCAGAUGAGAUGCGUCUGCAGAUGAUCCAUAGCGACUGGGUGGCGCUUCUCCCUGGCGUUGAUGAGCUGCCUGACCCCUGGAUAAAUGUGGGAUCGACGGAGUUGUGUCCGGUGCAGGGUCUAUAUUACCCAGGACGCGUCUUGACGUACCAGGGACACUUUGAGUUUGAUGUUUUUGUGAACUCGGAGACUUGUGUCGAGUUUGGCAGGAGGAGUGGUUGGGACAAGGCCGAUGUGGAGAGGUAUCUGGCGUUGAUUGGAAGGGGGAGGGUCGAGGGCGUUGCGGAGGAUGAUGAUGAUGAUGAUUCGAGGGUUGCAGCAGAGGCUGUGGUGUCUUUUUUUCUGGAACAGGAGAAGAAAUAA